AAAGCACCACACUCAAGCGUCGGAUUGCGUACGUUGAACAAGAGCUAGAACGUCAGAAGAAAUCUCGGAAUAACAAUUCUCACAUUGGUACACGAAUUCUGGAAGACCCUGAAACGCUUGAUGAAGAAGCAGUUUUCGAUGGAAUACCUUGGCCGAAGUUUCUAGAAUUUCUCAUUCCAUUAACUGAAUUCGACUUUCACGACACUCGCAACUCUCCAAUGUGUGACCCUAAUGCAAAGAUCGACUUCAUUAUUGUGCGCAAGAAUGGGUACCGUUUAUGGGCAGAAUUGGUAGCAGUGAUAGAAGCAAAAGGAGACAUUCGAAACACAACAAGUCAUAAAGACGCAGUGGGUCAGAUCUGUGAUAGACACAUGGAAAUUUUGAAGCAGCAACGUUUAAGAAAGGUUGUUUUCGGUAUUGUUCUGGAUUGCCGAUUUGUAGAAAUUAUAAAGACAGUUCGAAGUAGUGCUCCAGCCUUUUUACAUUACAGGACUGGUCUCUUUUCGCUAUUUGCUCCUGAUGGAACAUCAAAUGAGAGAGGAUAUGCACUUUUGAUCAGACUGUUGAGAUCGUCUUCAGUCCAUUUAGGUUUUACACCAUUUGUAUUUCCAAACCCACCUUAUUUGUUUACAAAGGAUGGACGAGAUUUGAAGAUAAAUAAGGCAAUAAUGUUAAAGGAAGGGUACGGUAAUUAUCCUUCUAUCUGCCUCGGAUUUGAACAAAGGGUAGAACGGCCCGCAAUGAGACUGUGGAAUAUGUUAUUAAGCUUGGUGGGAAUUUAG